AUGGCUACCUCCUAUCUGCUGCCUUGCUAUGUCGUCAUCACUGUGCUCGUGCUCUUCUUCUCCGUCGACGUUACGGAGGGGGCCAUCAGGGAGUACCAGUUCGAUGUGCAAAUGACGAAUGUGACGCGGCUGUGCAGCAGCAAGAGCAUCGUGACGGUGAAUGGUCAGUUCCCGGGGCCGACGGUGUUCGCGAGGGAGGGCGACUUCGUCGUCAUCCGCGUCGUCAACCACGUCCCCUACAACAUGAGCAUCCACUGGCACGGCAUCCGGCAGCUGCGGAGCGGGUGGGCGGACGGUCCGGCGUACAUCACGCAGUGCCCGAUUCAGAGCGGGCAGAGCUACGUGUACAAGUUCACCAUCACGGGGCAGCGCGGCACGCUGUGGUGGCACGCGCACAUCUCCUGGCUGCGCGCCACCGUCUACGGCGCCAUCGUCAUCCUGCCCAAGCCCGGCGUCCCUUACCCGUUCCCAGCGCCCUACAAGGAGGUCCCCGUCAUCUUCGGUGAGUGGUGGACGGCGGACACGGAGGCGGUGAUCAGCCAGGCGCUACAGACCGGCGGAGGCCCCAACGUCUCCGACGCCUUCACCAUCAACGGGCUGCCUGGGCCGCUCUACAACUGCUCUGCAAAAGACACGUUCAAGCUGAAGGUGAAGCCCGGGAAGACAUACAUGCUCCGCAUCAUCAACGCUGCGCUCAAUGACGAGCUCUUCUUCUCCAUCGCCGGCCACCCGCUCACCGUCGUCGACGUCGACGCAGUCUACAUCAAGCCCAUCACCUUGGAGACCAUCAUCAUCACCCCUGGGCAGACCACCAACGUGCUCCUCACCACCAAGCCGUCCUACCCCGGCGCCACCUACUACAUGCUGGCCGCGCCCUACUCCACCGCCAGGCCGGGCACCUUCGACAACACCACCGUGGCCGGCAUCCUCGAGUACGAGGACCCCACGUCCCCUCCCCCGCACGCGGCCUUCAACAAGAACCUCCCGGCGCUGAAGCCGACCCUGCCGCAGAUCAACGACACGAGCUUCGUCGCCAACUACACGGCCAAGCUCCGCAGCCUGGCCACCGCGGAGUACCCGGCGGCCGUGCCGCAGGAGGUGGACCGGCGGUUCUUCUUCACGGUCGGGCUGGGCACGCACCCAUGCGCCGUGAACGGGACGUGCCAGGGCCCCACCAACAGCAGCCGGUUCGCGGCGUCCGUGAACAACGUCUCCUUCGUGCUCCCGACGACGGCGCUGCUGCAGUCGCACUUCGCCGGCAAGUCCAAGGGGGUGUACUCGUCCAACUUCCCGGCCGCGCCGCUGGUCCCGUUCAACUACACGGGGACGCCGCCCAACAACACCAACGUGGCCAACGGCACCAAGCUGGUGGUGCUGCCGUACGGCGCCAGCGUGGAGCUGGUGAUGCAGGGCACCAGCAUCCUCGGCGCCGAGAGCCACCCGCUGCACCUCCACGGCUUCAACUUCUUCGUGGUUGGCCAAGGGUUCGGCAACUUCGACACCGCCAAGGACCCGGCCAAGUACAACCUCGUCGACCCCGUCGAGCGGAACACCGUCGGCGUGCCGGCGGCCGGCUGGGUGGCCAUCCGGUUCCGCGCAGACAAUCCAGGGGUAUGGUUCAUGCAUUGCCACUUGGAGGUUCACGUCAGCUGGGGCCUGAAAAUGGCAUGGCUGGUGCUGGACGGAGACCGCCCCAACGAGAAGCUGCUGCCUCCGCCGUCUGAUCUCCCCAGGUGCUAA